AUGAGCGGAAGUGGCAGAAAGCUAUCUUCAAACAGGGUUUCAAGAGAUGAACCUGAAUUUUCAUCCGAGAGUGCUACUAAUAGCAAUAGUUCAAGGUAUUUGGAAAGAAAUGAUAUGAUAAAUCCCAGAAUGGGAUUUUCAUGCAAGGAACCUUUUUCUCGAGGCAGAGGUUCAAGUAAGGAUGAUGUUUGGAACCCAGACUACGAAGUUUUGGACGCAACAAUCGCACAAGACACUGAUGGAAGUUACAAUAUGAAAACCUCUCCAGGGUUUGAGGAAUUGAAAAAUAGGAAGCACAGUCAAUCUGCAAAAAAUGAUUACAGCAGGAGAAGCAGGAGCCAAAGCCGGAGCCCUCCACAUGGUUUUAGGUAUUCAGCUGUUGAUGACGAGAACAGAACGAGGGCUGGCGAUGAUGAGAACAGAACAAGGGUUGGCAGAUUGAUGCGACCUUGUAGAGAUUUUGCUGUUGGGAACUGCAGAAGAGGCAGCCAUUGCCAUUUCCUUCACCAUGAUAAGCAAAGUUAUGAGGAUAGUAGGGAAAGUAGACACAUGCAAGAUGGACCCAGAUAUUGUAAUCCCCGUGAGAGUGGGGAUUAUUCUCUCACAAGUCGAAGAUCUAAUGAAGCUUGUAUUCAUUUUGCAAAGGGAAGGUGUAGAGCGGGAGAAUCAUGCAAGUAUGUGCAUCAUGGGAAUUCUGAUGAGUUUGAUAAAGUUUCUGCAGAUGAAUCAUAUAGGGAAAGGGAAAUUGAUAGAAGACACAUAGAUAAAUCAUUCAAGCAGGGUGGCCCGUAUUAUCCAAACCACCGUGGUAAUACUCCUUGCAAAUUUUUUGCUUUUGGAAAUUGUAGGAAUGGUAAAGAUUGUAGGUUUUCUCAUGAUAGACAAGCAUUUACCAGCCCUAUUAGAAGAUUAAGGGAUGAUAGGUCAAGGAGUAAUCAAGGUGAAGAUCAGGUGUUGGAUAGACAAAUAGUGAGGAAUUCAGUUACCCCUAAUGAAAGGCGAAGAGAUGAUAGACGGGGUUCAGAUGGCAGUAUGGCUGAUGUAGAUAAAGUUUGGGAUGGUCCAAAGCCGAAUAAUUUAGUUGCUGUCUGUGAUACUGCAAACCUAGUUGAGAACAACAAAAAAGGUCUUUUAGGUGCCCCGGAACCUGGGUUCAUGGCUUGGCCAAUGAAUAAUGGAUUGGACCAUAGCUCAGACAGGAACAUAAUGCAUAAUGAAUCACCAUUUACAAUUGAUAAGCAGGAAGCCAACUGUUGGACGGCAGAAAAUGCAGCUGACAACAUUCUCAUUUCUCAGUCAGUAGGUGGAGGCUUUUGGCCUGGAGAUGAAAAAAUGUCUCCUGAUUGGAAUUAUGGUGCAAGAUGUUCCAGCCAUGUUAACGAUGAGCAUGGGCAGAAUAAGCAACAAGGUGCUCCAGGUCAAGGACUAAAUCAGAAUGCUCAGAAUGUAACUGCUUUGCAAGUGGUUAGACAGAGUCAAGCAACAGUUUCCAUUGUUCCUCCAAGAUCCAGAACUAUUGAAGGUUUACAGAACCAGGAGCUCUUCACUAAUGCAAACGACACUGUAGAACCAACUAUCAUGAAUGCAAGCAUAUUGCAAAUUGGUUCAGGAAAUACUCAAAUUCAGAACGUAGUCAGCAAAGAACAACUUAGCUGCCUCUCAGCCUCUCUUGCACAUUUCCUCGGAACAGAUCAGCAGUUCCCACAACUUCACUCUGUUAUAAAUUCUUGUGAUGCAAAGGACACUCUCUUCGCAAGCAAAAUUGAAGGGCAAUCAUCGAAGCAAUACGAUCUAAUGUGUGAUAGUAUGGAGCCCAAAAAUAUUAAUGCAAAUGGGGUCUCUCCAACCUUUUCUCCUAAUACAAAGAUUUCAAAAGAUACAGCCAGAAUUCCACCUCUGUUAUCUAACCCAGGACACAAUUUUGACCAUUUUCGUAAAAAGGAGGCCAGCAACAUGGACGCCGAAAAAAAGGAAAUAUCUCAAUCUGAAAAUAAAAUUACAGAAGCGAAUAGUCCUUUGGUAAACAUGGGCCAAAAUGAUGGACCUGAUGAGGCCAAGAAAUUAAAGGACAUAAAGGGGAUUCGUGCAUUUAAAACUUCAUUGGUAGAACUCAUUAAGGAGAUCCUAAAACCAACAUGGAAAGAUGGUAAAGUCACCAAAGAAGAUUAUAAAGCAAUUGUGAAGAAGGUUACUGAUAAAGUAACUGGUACAGUAAAUCAGGUUCAUAUACCUCAGACACAAGAGAAAAUUGAACGCUAUUUAUCAGUUUCAAAACCAAAGCUUAACAAACUUGUACAGGCUUAUGUGGAAAAGCUUCAGAAGGCCUAA